AUGGCCACACGCCUCCUCCGCAGGGCCCUACGCUUGUGGGGCGGCCGCUGUGCGCCGAGCGUGCCGCCGGCCUCGAGAUGUUCUCAUUCUGGAGGGGAGGAACGUCUAGAAACUCCUUCUGCUAAAAAAUUAACAGAUAUAGGAAUUAGAAGAAUCUUCUCUUCAGAACAUGACAUUUUCCGGGAAAGUGUAAGGAAGUUUUUUCAAGAAGAAGUGAUUCCUCAUCACGCAGAAUGGGAGAAAGCUGGAGAAGUGAGUAGGGAGCUUUGGGAAAAAGCUGGAAAACAAGGACUGCUUGGUGUCAAUAUUGCAGAGCAUCAUGGUGGCAUUGGGGGGGACUUGUACUCAUCAGCUGUUGUUUGGGAGGAGCAAGCAUAUUCGAAUUGCACAGGCCCAGGUUUUAGUCUUCAUUCGGAUAUUGUCAUGCCCUAUAUUGCAAACUAUGGCUCAGAAGAACAGAUUAAGCACUUCAUCCCCCAGAUGACUGCAGGGAAAUGUAUUGGUGCCAUAGCAAUGACAGAGCCUGGGGCUGGAAGUGAUUUGCAAGGAGUGAGAACAAAUGCCAGAAAGGAUGGAAGUGACUGGAUUCUCAAUGGAAGCAAGGUAUUCAUCACUAAUGGGUGGCUAAGUGACGUUGUGAUCGUAGUGGCAGUCACAAAUCGUGACGCUCGCUCUCCUGCCCAUGGCAUUAGCCUUUUUCUGGUAGAAAAUGGAAUGAAAGGAUUUGUCAAGGGACGAAAGCUACAUAAAAUGGGACUAAAAGCCCAGGAUACUGCAGAAUUAUUCUUUGAAGAUGUACGUUUGCCAGCACGUGCCCUACUUGGAGAAGAGAAUAAAGGCUUCUAUUACCUCAUGCAAGAGCUUCCACAGGAAAGGCUACUGAUUGCUGAGUUGGCAGUUUCAGCCAGUGAAUUCAUGUUUGAAGAAACCAGGAACUACGUUAAACAAAGAAAAGCUUUUGGGAAAACAAUCGCACAUAUACAGACGGUGCAGCAUAAGCUAGCAGAAUUAAAAACACACAUUUGUGUAACCAGAGCUUUUGUGGACAGCUGUCUCCAGCUGCAUGAAACGAAACGUCUGGACUCUGCCACUGCUUCCAUGGCGAAAUAUUGGGCAUCUGAGUUACAGAACAGUGUAGCUUAUGACUGCGUGCAGCUGCAUGGAGGCUGGGGAUACAUGUGGGAGUACCCAAUUGCAAAAGCUUAUGUGGAUGCCCGAGUUCAGCCAAUCUAUGGUGGUACCAAUGAAAUAAUGAAGGAGCUAAUUGCAAGAGAGAUCGUCAGUGACAAGUAGACAUCUGCCCACAUCCUGGAAUCCUAUUACAACUAAUCUGGUUUUAAAUCUACUCAAGAUAAAAUACAACCUGGAAAGGGAGGGAACACUAAACAUGUUUUUAUAUGUUCUCUCUACAGAGAAAGAAAUCAAAUACAAAUACAAGAUUAA